CCACCCCGCCGCUAGGGUUUUCCGGACUCCCUUAUAUCUCCGCCGGUUCCUCCCUGUCGGUUCACCCCCUCUCUGUCUCUAUUCUUCUCUCUCUCUCUCUCUCUCUCUCUAAGAUGUAUAUGUAUCUAUAGUCAGUGGAUGAGCCUCUACUAUUCUCUUUGCCUCUCUGACUCUCGAUUCUGCCUUCUUGGUUUCCCUUCUUUGCCUGGAAUCUGAUCUCUAUCUUUCCUUUCCGUGUUUCUUGGCAUUUUCUUGCUGAGAAAGUUGAGCUACGGCCUUGUGAUAUCUGUAGUUCUGAUCAGUAGGGAACCGGCGUUUUCAGUUGCUUCAGCCGCAAUUUCACCUGGUUUUGCUUCAGAUCUUCGCGAUAGGCAGUUCAAAUGGUGGAUCUGAGCGAUAAAGGAUCAGAAUCGGAGGACAUGAACAGCAAAACCCCAGAUAGGGUUUCGUCGGAUGGAAGCCAGGUGAAGACCUGCGCUGAUUGUGGAACCACAAAGACUCCUCUCUGGAGGGGUGGUCCGGCCGGCCCCAAGUCCCUGUGCAAUGCUUGUGGGAUCAGAAGCAGGAAGAAGAGAAGGGCUCUUCUGGGUCUGAAUAAAGGCUCAACAGAGGACAAGAAAUUGAAGAAAACCAGCAGCAACACUCAGAGGAAUAGAACUAGUAUCAGUAGUAGCAACAACAGUAAAUUGGGGGAUUCCCUGAAGAGGAAGCUGUUGGCUCUUGGGGGAGAGAUGGCGUUGCAGAGACCGAAGAUGGAGAAGAUGAGGAGGAAGCUGGGUGAGGAAGAGCAAGCGGCUAUGUUGUUGAUGGCUCUCUCUUGUGGCUCUGUUUACGCUUAGGUUUUAGCAAAAAGAAGAAAAAAAAAAUGAAGUAAAAGGCAAGAUUGAGAAUGUUACUAACCUCUUUAUUGUAUCUCCCAGUAUGUUGCUAAGUGAAUUUUGGUUUUUUUCCUCUUCACUUGUGUCACAUUCCAUUUGUCUUAGGUUGUCUACUGACUGUGCUCUUGAGAGAAGUGGAGAGUUGAAGAAAUGAAGAGAAAAUGUAAGAAUGGGAAAUCAAAUGAAACUCCCUUCCUAUUUUGGCUAAAAAAUAGUUUCUACCUUUUGCUGUUC